AUAAACUGUCUGUCUGUCUGUCUGUCUGUCUGUCGUUGCUUCACUUGGCGUCGGCCUGGGGUGGUGGUUUCUCUCCCUCGAGCUCGAUGUCCUCUUGUGAGACGGUGCACGGCACCUUCCUGGGCGUGAAGAUGUCUUCGUAUGCUGCUGACACGCCACGCUCGAAGUCACUCAACUCCCCUGCACACACCCCACACACAGAUGCAUGCCGCACACACACGUCGUGGACACAGACCUUUGUAUCGUUCGGCGUCGAUGCGUCCCUCUGGCAUCUUGGCCUCUCUCUUCUUCUUUCUCAACAGCAGCUGAGCCUGCACAUGACGCACACGACACACACUCAUCGAUGGGACACACACCCACCCACUGUCUGUGUUUGCACCCACCCACCUGUUUGAGCAUUUCCCUGGCCUUCUCCUUGGUGAGGGGCACCUUCUUCUUGUGGCACGGCAACGUUGCUGCUGCUGCUGCUGGUGGGGCGGCGGGGGCAGCCAAGCCGUGCUCCGCCUCGUACUCGGCCGCCAGGCGGUCGAUGUCGGCUGCGGAAGGCAGCUGGCGUGCCAUGCCAGUGGACGCCAUGGCCGUCAUUGCGGCCUCGCCGCCCAGCUCAGCAGCGGCCCUGGCGUCCUCGAGCACUGCAGACUCAGCGGCCUCACUACGUCAACGAAUGACACACACACACAGACAGACAUGCAGAGAUGAGACACGCACCUUUCCACACCAAUCAAUGAGUGUGUCCAUCACGGCGUGUCUGUCUCAACCACCCACCGUUGUGUCUUGAGGCUCUCCUUGGCGGCUUUGUCUUGGGCGGCGAGAGCGGCCUUGGCGGUCUCUUCUUUCUCGUGAGUCGCGGCCAUCUUCUGCUCGAGAGCCGACUCGACUGCACGGAGGUCCGCCUCCUUGGCCUUCAACCGAGACUCGGCAUCCAUCACAGCUGCAACGUCGCAAUACACAGACACACACACGCACACACACACACACACAGAGAGAGAGAGAGAGAGAGAGAUGUGGGCGUGCAGAGACAAUCACUCAUUGACUGAUGUGGGUACCUUCUUUGUGUCCAUCAGUGGUGGCCUCUGGUACCUCGGGAAUGACGCCACUAGCGCGGAGCGAGCCCACGGCACGCUGCAGGCGGACAAUCUCUGCGCAGGCACGACACUUUGUCACUCAACCUGGCCACAGACUGACAGCCGCACCGAGACGCAACAGCCAGAAGCAAGAGAGCAAUGAGCACGCUGAGACGAGCCAUGACGUCAAGCAAACAGUCGCUUGAGUCAAGGCUUUGGGUUGAAUAUGUGCUUCACUUACGGCUGUCGAUCGUAUCGUGCUGUGUACGUAUGUGUGACAGACAAAUACGUAUGCGUCCACACGUUGGUACGAUCGAUUCUUUGAUGUGAUGUUUCUUUGUUUGUUGGGUGUGCAUGUAUAUAUCGGCUAUCCUUAACACCGGCCGAUGUGUUGGUACGAUCGAUCAGUGUCUGCGUCUCGAGCCCUGCCAUAGAAUACAGCAGACAGAGCCAGCGCAUGCACUAAUGCACGCAUGUCGUAGUCACAAGACCUCACAACGUACGGCCAGUCAGUCAGUUAGUCAUUCAGCCACACAUCGUGUCGGUCGUUUAUCUCUCUCUGUCUCGAACCGAUCUAUCUGUGUGUCAUGCAGGCCUGAGCCGCGUGCUGCGCCACGAAGAAGUGAUACUGGCCCGGAUGCCCGCCGCUCACGAGCUGUAAGAGCUGCCCUCCUCUCGGCGACUGCACCGCACCACCGAUGCUCCCUCCGUGGUACUGCGUGUGGGGCAGCUGGUGAUGAUGCUGAUCUGUGGCAGGAUCGUAGAUGAGAGGAUGGCGCAUUGGAGGAGGCGAAGCUGCGAUACGGGGCGGCAGGUGCGCAUAGCUCUGGAAGGCCACGAGUCCGGACGCCGAUGCCGGUUUGGGUAUGCCGAUGGUGCUGGUAGACGGAUGGUGGAAGAGUGCGGUGCUGCCAGCCACUUUAGCUCCGUCUCGCGCCAUGCUGCUGCCGCCCUUCAGGUUCAGCGCAGGCGCGUUCAGUGACUGCAGGUUCAGUCGCGGCACGGUGGCCUUUGGGUGGUUGGCUUGUGCGUCUGGGGACCUCUUCUUGAAGAGCGCCUGAGCUGGCCGUCCACUGAAGCCAUCGAGUGAUGGCGCACGGGGCGCCGGGGGCGGAAGUUCUUCAUUCUGCUGCUGGUCUCUUGGGGACUGAGGGGCGUAUUGAGUGACUCGAUUGGGUUGUGCCUGCUCUCGGGAGGGAGACGGCUGCAGAUGGAAUGCGGGAGGCUGCAGGGCGAUGUAGCUGUCAUAGCGCGAAAGGGGUGCCCUUCCACGGCCAUGUCCAGGAUAGUGAUGGCUUUCCUGAAUCCGUGGCCCCAUCACGGCUCGUGUGCCGCCUCCCUGGCCCCGUGGCGACAAGUUGUUGGCUGUCGCGCUGGGCCGGGUGGUCUCUCGCAUUACCAUCAUUCGCGUGAGGUCCCCUCGCUGCGGCGUCAUGUGUGUCCUCGCCGUCUGCAGGGGCGGCACGUAGAGGGGGAUUGCCGCAUCCCGAUGGGCCGGUGGAUAGGGGGGAUGGGGCGCCAGACCAUAGCAGGCGUGCUUGGGCGGGGUGGGGCACGGUACUGGCACAUGAGGUCGGUGGUGCUGGUGCUGGUGGUGUAUAUGCGGCGGCACGGCCAUCCACUGCUCGUGGCCUCCAUGAAAUGGGUAGUCCAUGAAAUGCGCCGUCGACGCCGAGUUCUUGAGUUGCGUGUGGUGGACGGGUGGCGGCCGAUGGUGCGCAGGGCCGCCUUGCAAGAGAUCGGUGCUGCUCAUGCAGUGGGCAAAGUGCGGAGCAUGUGGCUUCGGCCGAUGGGUAGCAUUGCGGCUGCGGGAGUAAUGUCGGUAGCGGUCAUCAGCCAUCGAGAAAGGCCGGUUUGGCUCCUCAAUAUAUGGGGCUGGCGGCACUCCCACCCCCGUCAGCUGCUGGUAGAUGGCGUGUGCGAUGGAGUUGGCGUCUCCCUGCGCGUGGGGAUUCAUGGCGAACUGGGCUUGGAGACGCCUGCUCUCGGCCUCGACGGCAUACUGCUGCUGCAGCUUCUGCACUCUGCAUGAUAGUACGAAAGGGGGACAUGAGACACGAACAACACACGAGAGAGAAUCGUGUGGCUCUUGCUCACAUGUAUCGAUUGCCGUAGGGGUCCACUUCCCGGUCAGGAUGCGCCGUCGUAAAGAACCUCUCCCACUCCUGCAGACAAAAACGCUGCUUUAUGGUCCCAAGGGACAGGGUAGUUGGAACAGUGUCGUGAAGGCCCACGGCGAGAUCAUAUGCGUCGGCCGGUUCUGCGCCGAGGCCCACGUUGUGCUGGAGGAGCCACGCCAGAGACCCCACAUAUGGAAAAGGAAGGCUCUGAACACAAGCAGAGUCGGACACCACAAAAAAGCAGGCAGGCCCCUCGGCCACUCAUGGUGAGUGAAGGAUGACCAAACGCUUCCUUGACUAAACUACACGGCUUGCCUCUCCAUAUGCGACAAACUUUCUCCUGAACGUCCAGAGCUUCCACUUGUGCUGAAUCUUCCCCGCCGCAAGCUGCCGCCUCAGCUGCAUCAUCAACAUAUCCUUCCUCGCCUGCCAGUCGCCAUCCCUCGAUCCCUUGCCCGUCCCCCGCCUCGGGUCUUUCUUGAUGGGCGAAUCGGGUUUCUCGUCCAUGGCGUCUUCCUGGUGGUCAGUAGGAGCCACGCGCUGACGCAUCAGGUGGUCAAACCACUUGUAGCGCGUCUGCAAGUGGGGGAAGUCGCGCUUGGCCUGUGCACGAAGGGCGGCGAAGUCCCUGCGUACAUCAACGAAGAGGAUGUGCACAUAUCGGCGACAGCAAGAGAGAUAGACAAAGAGAGAGGCCACCCACCUCUCCAGGGAAAGGCUUUCCAGUUGCAGCUCGGCCACCUCCGCACACAGAGUCUCACGCCUGUGUCUCUCCGCCAGCCGUUUCGAGUCGUCCCGAGCCGACAUGGGCCGCCUCUCGGCCUCUUUCAGUAUAUGAAGUGGCAGCUUGAGGGCCGAUGUGGUCAGCCGUUUCUGUCGCCUGUCUGGUGUGACAAUGAGGUGGCCGCUAGAGUUGAGGGAUGAGUUCUCUCCGCUGGAUGUGGACGUAAUGGACCGGUGGCGAUCGGUAGGGCGAGGGUGGGGCUUGUCGUGAGUUGUAUCCACAGAGGGGUGGUCGGAUGGGUGGUCCAUCGACUGUGAGAAAGAAAAGAGACAUCCGGCCAGUUUCCUACCACUCCCAUUCUCACUCACCCCAUGUUUCUGCUGUUUGUCCGGUUGCGUGUCUCCCUCAUCUUCACCCAUGGCAUGCCGCCUGUGCUGCAGUCCCAGAGCGGUCAUCCCGCGGCGGACAUCCCUGACCUCACCGCCACUGCCGCCCCCAUCCCUAUCCUCCUCCCCAUCUUCCUCAGGCACCCUCCCCAGCACUGGAGCGGCUGCGCUCCGCCUCACCUGCCGCUCCCUCUCAGCCGCGGGAGACAGGUCAUACGCCCCAUCGUGUUCAGUCACCAUCCCCUCCGCAACACAGAUCUCGCGACGCAGUUCAAGCUUCAGCCGGUCGGGCCGCGAGUCCGCCGGCAGACUGAGACGUGGGGCGUCCUUCCAGACCUUCUUGCGCCCGUGGGCGUUGACCUCGUCCGUGUCUCCCUCCUCUGCUCGCUUGUCCUUCUGUCCAGUGCGUCUCGGUGUCAGAGGCAGGGAGGGAGUCUGUCGCUUCCCGCUACUUUUCUGGCCAACAGGCGGGGGAGGCGGAACGUAUAUCGGCGCUGGCGCAGGGGGCGGGGGAGGAGUGGGGCGGUCUGCUGCACGUUUCCGUGUGUCAGGAGUGGCCUGGGGUGCAGGAGUGAUACCCAGAAGGCCAGAACCUCCUCUGCUGCCUUUCUGUGCCGAUAGAGGGAGCUGGUAGUGGCUCAUCGCGCCCCGACUGGCCUCCACUCCUCCUUGUUUUGGCGUCUCCUCGUGUUUCUUGGCCCUCGAGUGAGAGUCGAGACGAAGAGAGGGCCCUGGGAUGUAUGCAGGCCUCGGAAGGACGGAUGGGUCGGGAAUGCACGGGCUGUCCUCCUCUUCAGGGGUGACCGUCCGCUUGCGCAUCUGUCUGGUGCCAGCAGCAGCAGCCCGAUCACGGUCCUCUCGGCUGGCCCCCGCCCUCGCUCUCCCAUCUGCUGACCCAUCGGUCUCACUCGUCCGUGCCAGUACCGCUCUCGUCGCUUUCUUGGGAUUGGCGAGCUUGAGCUGCACCUUCUGCGUUGCCACAGCAGGGCUGUGGGGUCCAGGUCGACGUGGGAGACCAGCCGACGGCCCGGCCCCCUUCCCGAUGUUGGCCAUCGUUGUCUGCCUGUUCAUCCGCAUGGCCGCCGACUCUUCCUUCGGCAGCAGCAGCGAUUGCUUCAGUGUCUUGGUGAGCAUGGGUCCAGGCGGCUGGUUCGCAGAAGUUGCCAGCACACUUGCGCGGAAAUCGGGUCGGCCAGAGAGAGUGACGGGUGGUUGGUUCAUCGGGGCGUGAGAGCACUUCUUGGGCUGAUAGUAGAAGGCAGGGGAUGGGCCAGCGGCUGGCCCGUUGCGCACGAGACGGGGACUCAUCAGGCGAACGACGUUACUGCUGGGUGGUGGGCCUUGGCUGAUUCGGGGCUGGGGCAGGUCGUAAAGGGCCAGGCUCAGCGAAGGCGCGGGGAUGUUGGCAGUAGGCAGCGGGUGGGGGAAGUGUGGCUGCUGCUGGAGGGAAGCUCUCGUCAUGUGUGCGCGAGACGGUGUGAGGUCGAAUGGGGAGCCGCCGUGUGAGGACGAGAGCUGCCGAUGGGUGGGAGUGGCAUUGUGUGUCAGAUGAAAGAUGUUGGCAGGGGCCUCACUGCCGUUCAGCAUAGCUGCGCCCUCUCCUUAGUGGCGAGUCGGAUGGUACGAAUGCCGUCAGAGAGGAGAGGGGGAGAUGGGGGCCCUGUGACG